AAAAUAUGAUAAAGAAAUAAAGUAUCACUGUUUACAUCUGUAAAAUAUUCUAAGUGAAAAACAUGAAUCAUUGUUAUUUAUAAAUUCAUCCAUGAAAGGGUUCAUUUAAAUGUCACCAAUAAAAACAUAAACAUGUUAUUAAAUCAUUGUAUUGACUUUUUAAAGAAGAUUUCCACGUGGUCCACCUGCUGCCAUGAGGUGAUGAGUGUGUGUGAUAUGAAGCUGAAUCCAGUGUAUGUAGUGAACUUUGUGCUGUCAAACUUCAGAGGAGCAGAUGGUGAAGCCCGUGGUGAACGUCUGCCCCAUUGAAUCCAACUUCCACAAGGAGGGGAAGAGCUCCCUGCUGUGUCUGGCCUCAGCCAUGUUUCCUCCUCUGGUCCAGUUCUCCUGGAAAAGACAGAAGGAGGACGGCUCUCUGGAGGACCUGCUCCCUGCUGAGGGACAGUUCAGAGGGUCCAGACAAUCCGCCGUCAUCAGAGUGGUUGAUGGUGAUGCUCUCAGCAGAUAUAAAUACAUCUGCUACGUCAAGCAUGAGGGGGGAACAGUGGAGGCCCAAACACAACAAGAGGUUCCUGCUUCUCCUCCACCUGUUUCUCCUCCACCACCUCCUCCUCCACCUGCUUCUCCUCCACCAGUUCAUGCAACAACUCCUCCACUUCAGAAAGAAGAAAUAUUUCCACCAUCCGAUCCAGCUGCAACCUCUGUUCCUGUUCUCCACCCUGUGAAGCUGUCAGUGUCCUUCCAGUCUGAGUUGAGGGUGAAGCUGCUCUUGCUGCUGUCCACAGUGCUGAUAGUGAAGAGUCUGGUGUACUGCUGUGGACUCUCUCUGCUGAUGAUCCUCAGAAACAAGGGACCAUCCACCAACUGCACACAUGCUGACUGACUGUUUUCUGCUGGACUUUUCUCUCCAUCAAAUCUCAUCAAUUCAUCUCAUUCAUCACUUUGAUCAGGAUUCACAAAUGUUAGAUAUGCCAUGUUGUAGUUUAUUUAAAAUGUCUCUUUUUAAGCAGAUUUUACAGUUAUUUUCAGAAUUUACAUCCAUUUAUUAACAUUUAUAUUUGCUAUCAUGAACUGUAAAUUCUGAAGGAAAGUUUGAUCUUCAUAGUUUAUUUUAUAUCUGCUUUCUGUCUUUUACAUAUUUGAUUAUUUUAAGUUUUAAUUCCACAUUUUCUGUGUUUAUAUUGCAUAGUUUUUCUGUAAUAAACAGAUUUUUUUAAAAACAAAAUAAAGGUUUUUCAUAUU